AUGUUUCGCACCGGCAUGGUUAGAACUCUUCAAAGGAGAGCAAACUUUAGCUCGCUAGAUACAGAACGGAAUGACAUUCUACGGAAAAUAUACGCACCGUUCGCGAAGCUGACCAAGGAUUCACCUGAGUAUAAUGCUCUGGCAGAAUCAGGAACGGUCUGGGAGGAGUAUUUCCAGCCUGGAGAUAGUGAGCGGUAUGGGUAUUUGAAACUACAAAAGUUGUACACGCCUCUGCUAGAAGGUAUCGAUGCACAGAGAGCCUGUAUAUGGACUCCAAGAAGCAGAAUGUUUCACAGUCUCAUCGCGGGAUACGCCCACCAAUCCGUCUUUAUCGAGAACAACAAGCUUCUGCUAGAACACAGCCAGAUCAUGGACAAACACCUCAAAAACGUUUUUCCUGAUCUUGCUAUGCCAGCUAGCAGCCUCUCUCAAAUAGCACUCCCCGAAGCUCACUGUCUGUUGCCCAACGAGGAUGCUAGCCAGGUAGCAGAGUUGCGCAAUCAUAUCGUUGCAUCUCGCUGGGUUACAGAUGCUGCGUUACGCAAUCUUAAAACGGCAGGGCUUUUUGAAGAUGAAAUUCGAUCACUUUCAGCUCUUCUUCUCAGAGACACCACUGGUGAGAAGCUCUACAAGUCGGGAUGGGGAGGAAAAACCACACUCGGAGAUUACCGACCAACGCCGAUACAGGUAAAGAGCAAUCCUCUUACCAUAUUCCCAUAUCAUCUCGAGGUUCCAGCAUGCAUGCGGCGCUUCAUACAGUGGCGCGAUAGAGUUACUCGGGAGAAACGCCUCCACCCGCUUAUUGUAGCCUGUCAGGCAACUGUGUACUUUUUGCAUAUACAUCCCUUCUUUGACGGCAACGGUCGAGUGUCUCGACUGUUGAUGCAAGAUUACAUGAUUCGACACGGCUAUGCCCCGGUGGUGAUAAAGGACCUAGAUCGUGAAGAUUGGAGGAAUUAA